GAAACCACUGAAGCAAAGAUAUUAAUUGACUCAGGAGCAAAAGAACUCCUUAUUGGCAAACAAUUUUGCCAAAAACAAAAAAUACCACUCCAAAAAAUUGACAGAUUUAUUCCAGUAUUUAAUAUAGAUGGCAUGGCCAAUGAAGGAGGAAAAAUCACAGACAAAACAUGCCUGCUGAUAAGGAUGACAAAUGAUAAAGGAGACUACCACAAUAAACAGUGUGAACUACUUGUUACUAACCUAGAAAGAGAAAAUGUCAUCUUGGAGACAGGCUGGCUAUAUGAGCAUAAUCUACAAAUCGAUUGGGUAAAAAACUGCCUUAUGUUCUCUUCAUGCACAGCAAUGUGUAUAGUAAGCCAAUCCAAAUUCACAAUAUAG